AUGGUCGUAGAUGCGACGGCUAGUUGCGCGCGUGACGGUGGCGAGCAGCGGCGCGACAGUGGCGAGCGGUGGCGAGCGGUAGAGAGUGGCGGGCGAGGCGGGAGCGUGCAGCGUCAUGCUAUAGGCCCCUGUCCUUCUUUCCCUUUCCCCCACUCCUUCUAUCCCUUCCCCCCUGUCCUUCCCUCCUUUCCCCUAUCCCAACCCACAGCUCCCCCCUGCUCUCAUCCGUCCCCUUGCCCCCAUUCUUUCACGCCUCCCCAUUCCCGAACUCCCCUUGUCCGUCGAUACCUUGGCUUCUUGCCCUUCCCUGCAGGCAGCAAAGGCGCGACGGUAGCAAGCAACUCGCUCUCACUGUCUCUCCACCACCAAUCCUCCUCUCCCCCACUCCCGCCGUCCCUCCUUUCCCCCAUUACCAUUCAAACCUUCCCCCCGUCCCCGUCCCUCCUUCCAUCGGUGUCCGUCCCUCCUUCCCCCACCAUCCACCCUUUACCCUACCCUUGUCCUUUCAAGGCAUCCCCCGAUUCCUAA